CUUCACAGCGCCUUCCGCAACGAAUCGCUUGCAGCGGGAUGGGAUGCAACUUCUUGUAAUUGGAUCGCAGGCUUAAGUGAUAAUCGGGUAUCUUGUUAGCAGCACAGAAAUGAAUAACUCAACAUACAUAAACUCUUCCACUGAAAAUGCGAUGGCUCUGGAGAGUCCCUAUAAAACUGUUGAGGUGGUCUUCAUCGUCCUGGUAGCAGGGUCUCUCAGUCUAGUCACCAUAAUAGGGAACAUCCUGGUCAUGGUGUCAAUCAAAGUCAACAGGCACCUGCAGACUGUCAACAAUUAUUUCCUGUUCAGCUUGGCAUGCGCUGACUUGAUCAUCGGCGUCUUCUCCAUGAACCUAUAUACCCUUUACACUGUGAUAGGCUACUGGCCCCUAGGGCCUGUGGUGUGCGACCUCUGGCUGGCUCUUGACUAUGUGGUCAGCAAUGCCUCCGUAAUGAACCUCCUCAUUAUCAGCUUUGACAGAUAUUUCUGUGUCACCAAGCCUCUGACAUACCCUGUAAAGAGGACCACCAAGAUGGCAGGCAUGAUGAUUGCAGCUGCUUGGGUGCUGUCCUUCAUCCUGUGGGCCCCGGCAAUUCUCUUCUGGCAGUUCAUUGUGGGGGGAAGGACUGUCCCAGAUGGGGAUUGCUACAUUCAAUUUUUUUCCAAUGCGGCCGUCACUUUUGGCACUGCCAUUGCAGCCUUCUAUUUGCCUGUUAUCAUCAUGACUGUCCUUUACUGGCAAAUCUCUCGAGCCAGCAAGAGUCGGAUUAAAAAAGGGAAAAAGGAAGCUGCCCAAAACCAGGAUCCAGUUUCCCCCAGUCUCGUCCAAGGUAAAAUAGUGAAACCAAACAAUAACAACAUCUCAACCAGUGGGGAUGGUUUGGAGCACAGCAAAGUCCAGAACGGGAAAACCGCUGGAGAGACUGUGACGGAGAACUGUGUUCAAGGGGAGGAGAAGGAGAGCUCCAAUGACUCCACCUCUGUUAGUGUUGUCGCCUCCAACAUGAAAGAGGACGAAGGUGCCAGAGAGGCCAGCCAGGCUUCUGCCUCCCAGGACCAUCUCAAAGUGGAGAACUCCAAGCUGACAUGCAUCAGGAUAGUCACUAAGUCGCAAAAAGGUGACUGCUGUGCACCCACCAACACCACUGUGGAGAUUGUAGGCAACAAUAAGGAGGAGAAACAAAACAGUGUAGCCCGGAAGAUUGUCAAGAUGACAAAGCAGCCAGCCAAAAAGAAACUGCCUCCUUCUAGAGAAAAAAAAGUGACAAGGACUAUUUUGGCCAUUCUCCUGGCCUUCAUCAUCACCUGGACCCCAUACAACGUGAUGGUGCUUAUCAACAGCUUCUGCACGUCCUGCAUUCCCGGUACCGUAUGGACUAUAGGUUACUGGCUCUGUUAUAUCAACAGUACAAUCAACCCUGCUUGUUAUGCGCUCUGCAAUGCUACUUUCAAGAAGACCUUUAAGCACCUUCUUAUGUGUCAUUACAAGAAUAUUGGAGCUACAAGGUAAAAAUAAUAAUGAUAAUAAAAAAUAAUAAUGGAAAGGGUGAAGAAGUUGCAAGCUGAAUAAAAAAACAAUGCCAUAGCACUUUAUGCUCUACUAUGGAACAUGCAGUCCAGGAGGUUAGUGGAAAUACUGACAUGGGGCAUCAGCUCCCUCCCUGAGAACUACACUUAAAACUAUUUUUUAAUUAUUGUCAAUCAAUCUUGAGGACGUGGGGAUGAUACGAGGAGUUAUUCAAGUAUGUGGACUGGAGGCACAGUUCCUUGCUUUCUGAGAGUAUUCUACAGAAGGGCUUUAGAGUCUAUAUCUAUUUUUUUCCUACAUCUAUUUAAUAUAUCUUCAUCUGGGUGGGGGGCAGGGGGAAGUGUAAGGUAAUUUUAAAAAUAAUAAUGUGGAAGAGGCAUAGGGUUUAGAAGGACUUUGCAUAGUCCAAAUGAAUUAUAGUAGAAGGUUUCCAAAACUCAAAGUUGACUAAAUUAAUGUGUUACUCAUGUAAGAACCUUAAUGUUAGGCAAAUUGUGGUGAUAAUCAUUUUAUGACGUUUAUGACACUACCCUUUCCAAAACUGCAUCGGUUCUGAAAGUGUAUUUCCACCCAAUGUGUAACCAUUGCCAACCUGUUUGUUAUUCAAAGUCUGCCAGUUCCUUCCUUGAGUCAGGAUAAAAGUGGAAAAGGCAGUCUUUUCCAGGUUGUUACACCCUAAGACUGUUUCAGCAUCCGUGUAGGCCAAAGGCUUUCAGAUAAUUUUGUGUACUUUUUCUUUUAUUUAACAUCCCCCCAUUGAUUUGUCUUUUUCCUCCAUCAGCCUUUUCUUCUUUUCUGUACCUUACUCAUCCAGGGCACAAAAACUGAAUAUCAAAAGACGGCAUAAAUUUGAAGGUCUCAUCAAGUCAGCCACCACAAUGUCCAGAUUAAGGGCCUCAGCUGAGGACUAGAAAUCACAGGUUAUUACUAGGAAAUUGCUAGGAGGUUACCUCCUUCUAACUUUGGAUGGGCAGGUGAAGAAAUAUGCUGAGGCACCACAGACUGAAGAGUUAAUACUACAUAACUACGUUUUUGUCCAGUCAAAAGACGAUUCGUACUCAUUUAUUGAGGCAGGGGAAGAGAAUAACGGGGGCUGAUGUACCCACAUGGGACCAGCUCUGCCUAAGCUCCUAGCACAAAAACAGUGUCCGUCCUAGGCACACUCUGGACAAGAUGUUUGCUUUUUGGAAAAGAUAUUGGCUAGGUUGCUUUGUGCCAGCUGGGAGCAAUAUUUUCACUGCAUGCCAAGGGAUAAUAGUAAUAAAAGGGCAAGGGGGAAAACAGUCAUUAUACAAAACCAGAUACUGAAAUAGCCUGGAUGGGGACCACUGGGAGUUAACUUCCAGAUAUUAUCCACUUCUCUGCACCAGCUCAAAUUUAGAUUCUUUCUGCCUGGUGAAGAAUUUACUAUUUCAGUAUUUUAUAUUUACUGUAGCACAACUGAGCACUGUGUGGAUCGGACAAAGUGUAUCAGAUUACUGAAAACAGCUACCAUCUGUGAGUUUUGAAUAUUGCAGUUACCUCCUACUUAGCCACUCUUAACUUCCAGGCAUUAAUGAAAGUGCACCUGUGGAUUUUGUUAUCCAAAAAGUAGCUUGCUGCAUUGAUAGUCUCCCGAGGGACUGUCUUCUGGAGUGAAAGCUGCCAACCAAAAGGAACACCAGAUCGUCCUAUUAUUUCAUACUACCAUAUCAGAGUCUUCCAAAACACACUGCAAAGUAGCAACCUUUUGGAUUAUGAGGAAAUUAAUCUUUCAUAUGUAAGUUUUACCUUUUUAGAAGCUUAUUGGAACUGAGUGUCAAAGAAUUUUGUCAAUAUGACAGUUUUCAUGUUUCAAGGUAAAAGUUCCUGGCAGAAAGGGAAAAUGAGGAGGAUUAAACUGCAGUAAAUUAAGAUCACAUUAAACCGGGGAUUAAUAUGUCUUAAUAUGCAUUCAUUGAUUUAAACCUUUAGUGAUUUCAUCCCAAUAUAUCUAAGUGUCUCCAUGCAGCCAAGGAUCUAAUUUUGCAACUCUUACUCACCUUGAAGCAUAUUUACUAUCACAAGUUUCAUCUCCCUGCAUGAAAGGAAGAAUUACUCAUUGAUAAGGCUUGCAAAACUAAGUGCUGCAUGUCUUUCAAAACUACAUUCCCUAGGCAUAUGUUGAGAGCUCAAGGGAAAGACUUGUAUGAUCGUUGCUAUAUCAUUUAUUCUCCUAAAGUGCUGAAAAUCCAGAUAAAAAUCAAAGAUAAGAUGAAAUCUGUUCAUUUUCUGUAUCUUAUUUCUUUAGAAAAGUUUUCUAAAAGAAACCCAGCUGCUCCUUUCUUUCAGUAGAGGUACAGAUUCACAAAGCGGGAAAGACUGGUUUAUUUAGUCUUAUAAGCCAUCUUUUAACUUUGGUUUUCCAGGAGGUGUGCAAAUGUUUUAGUCUGACCUUUGAAGCUAGCACUCAUUCAUAAAUUGCUAAUUCCUCUGACAGCUAAGGGCACAUACACAGGUUGAGAAGCGUAGGCUACAGGCUGCAAUUACGCCUGCUCUCCGCUGUGCUCCCUGCUGUCACCCCCUCGCCCCUCGAAGCCACCCCUCGGCCGCUUCACACCCUGGCUGGCGAAAGGACCCCGGUUGCACUUCCACCUUCUUUGCCGGGCUGGCAGUUGUCAUGUCCCACACAAAUUGAGCAAACUGUACAGGUAAUUCCUGAAUGCAAAACAAACCAAAAAGAAACUGCAGAGAGCACGUCUUGCCUUCCCCUUUUCUUCUUCUUCAUUAAUCCUUAAAACUGAAGAGGCUUUACCCUUUACAGUAGCCCAGCUACAGCAGGAUCUGUCAUGCUGACAGCCGUGUGUGGGGGGGUGACUUGUACUGUCACAGGCCAUCCCUACCUUCCUUCUCUACAAAGAGCACAACAGCCUGCAGAUGUGUCAAUCUGACUGGCACCUUCUGUGAGUAUUAAAGUCAUUUGUGGUUAAAAAAAAAGAAAAAGAAAAAGAAAAAGAGAUAUAACAAUUGUCAGCCGAAGUAAUAUCGAGAAAUCUGUUUUCUAGUGAGUACAUAUAUUUCUGCUCUAGUGAGUACACAUAUUUCUAGUGAGUACACAUUUUCUAAGGAAAAUAUCUGUCAGCUUUCUGUCCAGGAUUUUCUCCUGAUUUAUUAGGAAUCAUGAGGGUCCGUUUGGAGAUAUCACAGAGUCCAAACAUUGCCUGAUGAAAAACAGUCCAAAGCUAAAAAAUACAUCAGUAUAAUCCAGAUUUCUUUUUUUUUUCUUUUUUUUUCUUUUUUUUGCCUCACAAUGGCUCAUGGGAACUGGAGUGUUCAGAUGGACCCCCAGGAGCAGUUGCUUGGCAUCCACAAAGCCUGACAAGGACAAAAGUAACCGCUAAAUCUAUCAACUGUCUGUUUCAUAUUUUGCUCAUGGAGGAAAACGCAUUGACAGAGGAGGCAUGUUUACCCAGGGUGGCUGGGGUGCGAGCAGCCCUGCAGCCCGUGCAACCCCACCGAGCAGCCAGGAAAUGGUGCUUCAUGGGCAUCCCAGCUGCGAUGGGGGGAAAUCGUCAGCUGGGCACAGAGGGAAAGGACCUUUGCUGCUGUUUCACCUCCUGCUAGAGCUGAACAUGUCCCUGCGUCUCCUCUGCUGUUGGGCUUGCUGGCAGGUAGUGAGUCUGGAGUCUAACAGGCUUUGAUAUUUUUAAAGAUCUCCUCUUAGAUGGCUCUGUACACACAGGUGACAGUAGUGCAAAUGGUAGAAAACAAGAAGCUGAAAAGAGACAAGCAUUUCUUUCCCCCUUUGGGUCUAUAGAUGUGGUUUUAUGCCACAUGUCUAGAGACACUUGCUAGGAACACGAUUUCUAUAUAAUAACGCAUUUAUUGUUCCUGUAUAUCAUGAAGAGCUCUAGAUUUCUAAGAAUCUUUUCUUUUUUAAAUUAUAGAAAAUCUUUCCCUGAAGGAAGUUAGUAGAUGGCCCUUAAUUUGUCUUGGCUUUCUUUCUUGUUUCUCUCCCUGCCUUUCCUCUUUUGUCAGUGUCUUUGAUAAAACGCUUUCUUUUUGCCUUGCUUUAAUAAGUAUCUGUUGCCUGUGUUUUAGUGACAGGUGUGCAGUUUGUCUUGCCUUUCAGGCAUCAUGAGUGCUGGUAUUUGAACACUUUAACCUCACCAAAAAUAUUGCCUUCGCUAACAUGCAAAUCAUCCCCACGGAAGUCAAAACCUCUCUGUGAAGUGAGAAGUCUCAUAAAUCCUUUCUGCAUGGAUUUUAAGCAAAAAAAAAAAAAAAAAAAAUCCUCACGUUAAACAAAGCCAAAGCAAUUUGCUUCCCUCCCCAAUUUUAAAUAAGCCAUCUCCAAACAAGAAACAACAGUAGAUAAUGGCAAAGAGUGAAUAUUCUUGCGGUGGAGUACCACACAGCAAAACGCACAGAUUUAUUUUAUACCUCAUGCAAAGGUCAGGCAGCCUUCCAUUCCCUCGAGUUCCCUCUUAUUCCAAAGCUUACUAGCAGAGCAUUCACUAAGAAACCAAGCUGAAGAAUGUAAUUAUAGCCAGGCUGAGCUGAACAUGAAUCAUUUACCACAACCAGUGCAAUUAUUUCUCCUCUAUUUUUACUUCCCUUCUUUUGCUAUAAUCUUCUUUUCUACAUUAUAGAACUAGUAUGUUACACUAGUGUGCCGUAUACCAGGCCUCCCAGCCUCGUCUUUCAGGAUAGUUGAUAGAUUUGUUAUUUGCAUUUCAUUACAGCAUUAACUGAAUAACAGGAGACAAAUUCCAGCUUGUUUUACCCCUCCGAAACUGUGGAUAAUCUGAAAAGUGGCAUCGGACAGCUACUCUUUUCAUCUUUUUAUAGCGAGUUACUUUUUCUUUUUCAGACAAUACUUGCAAAGAAGCACAUAGCAACUCAAUUCCUUUAGAUGCCCCAAAGUGCUCUGACCGGGUAUCGGUGGUAUUUGAUGCAGGAUGGUCACAGUGUAUGUCCAAGUGGCCCUCAGAAGGGAGGCAUUUCUCUGGGUGUUUAAUAUUCACUCAAGACUCUUUCACCUGCCAGCCCUGAAGAAAGCACAGCCUGGCGGGCCCCAGCCUGCAAAGGGACAGGCAGGUCGUGGCUGGGUUUCUUUUCGACUUCUCCGGGCUUAUCCAGGCUAUGGAGUGGGAAGAAAUUCAGCCUGUGCCAGUGGCUCUGUUCCUGCACCCAAAGACAACCCUUUUCCAAAGCACAUUGCAGUCGUAGUGGUGUAGUAAUAACGAUAAUAAUGCUGAGUGAGAGAAGGCCAUGGCUGCCAAAAAAACAGACCUUCUUAUACCUUAUCCCUUAAUUCUGGUGCCACUUUGAGGAGGUGGCUGGUAAGUUAGAGACUAGCAGUUUGUAAAUACCUUUAGACAGUCUGUUUUAACAUGACCAACAGCAUAUCCUGACUGUGUACAGAAAUAAUACCUUAUGUGUAAUACUAUCCAGAUAAGAUUAUAAUGUAUAUAUAUCUACAAAGAAUGUCCAAUUACUCUUCAAGCUGUAUCCACGAGGAAGGACCUCAUCUCUUCUUGAGACUUUUUUUAACUUAAAGGUAUGUAAAACCUGUUAUUCAUUUAUAUAAAAACAAUUGCAUUCUUUUCUUCAAAAAAAAAAAAGCUACUGUAAGGAAAAAGGGAAUGCAAUUACGUGUGAAUGAUAUCCAAAAUCAUAUUACAAUAUGACCAGACGGGAAACAGAGGAUCUUACAAGUCGAGGACUGGUCAAAUUCUUGAUGCCGUACAUUUGAUCUCAUAUAAAUAAGAUAAGCACAAGUUUAUGGUUGGCUAUGUAAAGCUGACUCACCUGAUUAUAUAUACAUUAUAGAUAUAUAUUUAUAUAUACUGUAUAGAUAUAUACAUAUUAUACACAGCAUUCAUACAGUUAAAGCAAAGUUUGAUAAAGUCCUAUUAACUGGGAAUCUGGAUGUAGUGUUGUGCUCCAUUUGGAGAAAAAAGGUCUGUGUUGUUCAGCAACUUUUGAACAUGUUAUGCAGGAGGAAGGAGGAAGGUGCUUCACCAAAACAAUUCAUGAAGGACUGAGAUAAUGAGGGUUUGAAAUAUCUUCAAGACACAACUAAAAUUACAUGCAAUAUCUAUGUAUGUACUUCUGCUGAGUUGUAUUCCUAGUUAAAGCAUUGCA